GGGGGGGGUCCCCGUUUAUUAAUCCGGUGUCGAGAUUAGUAGUUUCUUGUUCCUAGUAGCAUCCAAGGUCCAUUGCUGCGAUGUAUAUCAUGGCUGCGAGGAGAUCCAGGCAGAGGUGGCUUAUGUUCUAUCAGAUGUUCUGCGCUGGCUGCAGCUGGUGGACGAGCACCGCGCCACGCGGACCUGGGCACCUAACUUCGCGUUCAAACUGGUGGCGGAAGCCUUGAGGCAAGAAAAGGAGAAACCAAAGUUCGACUUGUCUUGCUGCAAGUUCUGGAUGAAUGCAGGAGAGCAAGUGACCGUCCCUGUGUGUGAAGCAUUUCUGGAAGAGACUGAAAUGUAUGGAGUUUCAAGAAGUUCCUUACAGCCCUCUUUCGGCAUGGCAGAGGCGUGUACAUGCAUGACCUACAACAAUCAAUUCGAGGUUGCUGCUGCCAGCCGCUUGGGACGCUCGGCCUUUGUGAAUUUGGGCCCUCCAGUGCCGGGCAUCGAGAUCCGCAUUGCCAACGAAGACGGAGAGACCCUCGCAGAGGAGGAGGUUGGGCGCUUCCAGAUCAGAGGACCUGUGAUUACACCCGGAUACCUGAAAAAUGAAGAAGCCAACAAGGAGGCCUUUGUUGAGGAUGAUUGGUUCAACACCGGUGACAUUGGAUUCCUCCGAGCGGGCCAACUUUAUCUUACUGGAAGAGAGAAGGAGAUGAUCAUCAUUCGUGGGGCAAACUUCUACUGUUACGAGGUGGAAGAUGUGGUGAACUCGAUGGACUCCGUUACAGCCACCUUCACCGCAGCCGUGUCCCUUCACGACCCCACCUCGGGCACCGAAGGCCUUGCAAUCUUUUUCGUGCCUCGGCGAGCUGCCUUGGAUUCAGAGGAGGUGGCACGGGAGAUCCGCUCAAAGCUGGUGAGGCACAUGGGUCUUGCACCCAGUAUUGUUGUGCCGCUGGAAGAGGAGGAGUUUCCCAAGACCACCAGUGGCAAAAUCCAACGCAACCAGUUGAAGAAAGCCUUGCAAGCAGGUGACUUCGAUGCCCGCGUGCAGAUGCUUUAGCAAA